AUGGGGUUGCUGCUAUGGUCAUUGUUCCUAGGAGCAAAAGCCGUCCCUGCGCAGUCGCCUUACGCCGAAGAUUUCCAUGAGGAUGUGACAGUGCGAAGCCUUACGCAUGCCCAACAUACUUGUUCCGGCUACGAUGAGCAAUGGGACCUCUGCUCACAGCUUCCAUCGUGUGUACGCUGUGAGUCUGUUGACUGCGCCUUCGGGCAGUGGGGUUCCUGGUUCGAUGCAGGAGGCUGCACGCAGAUCCAGUUCAGACAGCGGGGCGUGGCGGUGUCCAAUAACGAAUGUGGAAAGCCUUGUGCUGGUCCAAAGAUACAGUCGCGUGCAAGCCCUGACUCGAGGUGCACAAAAGACGAAGUUGACUGUCGGUGGGAGGCAUGGUCAGCAUGGACACAAUGUAGCUCGCCAAACGACCAGUCCACUCGUUCGCGAACAAUCGGCCAGGAAAACACACGCAGAGGUUCGCCAUGUGUUGGCGAGAUGAAGCAGACGCGACCUUGCAGCUCGGGCCCAUCGCCGCAAGACUGCAUGAUGAGCGAUUGGCGCGAGUGGAGCACAUGCAGCUCAGACUGCGGUGAAGGACAAUACUCUCGCUUUCGCAGAGUUGUCCGUGAGGCCAGUCGGGGCGGCCACCCCUGUGACGGGGUUAUCCACCAGACAGAGACGUGCCAGUUGAGGCCCUGCGACUCCCGCGACUGUGAAGUCAGCGAGUGGUCGGAGUGGUCAACGUCAAAUCCCUCGGAGGGUCACCAGCUGCACACUAGGCAGUGGUUCCGAGAGCGACGCGUUCUCGUGCCCCCGGGCCCUGGUGGACGCCAAUGCCCAACCAGUCUGAGUGAGACGGUUCCGAGGGACAGGCAGCCGCAGCAGUGUGUCCUUUCCGAAUGGUCACUGUGGUCUCAUUGUGACCGCACCUGCGGCGGCGGUCAGAUGAUGCGAGAAAGAUCUCUGCAGGAGCCGGGCCAUCAAGACGGCUUUUGCGGCCACCAUCUGCUGCGGAUGGUUUCGGAUUGCAACACAGGUUCCUGCAGUCCGAUGCAGACAUCCGACUGCCAAUGGUCUCAAUGGGGAGAGUGGUCAGACUGCAGCGCACGAUGCGGUGAGGGCUCCAAGCAAAGGGAGCGGCGAAUCCUCUCUGAGGCACUCGCCGGAGGAACGGCAUGUGAAGGCCCUUUGAAAGAGCUGUCGAUUUGCCAGCUGAGCCAGUGCACUUUGGUCGACUGCCGUUGGGCAGAUUGGGGUGCAUGGUCAGAUUGCUCUUGCGAGUGCGGUGGUGGAACGAAACGACGAACCAGGGGUGUCAUGGAAGCUCCGCGGAAUGGUGGAAAAGAAUGUGAGCCUCAGGACAUGGAGCAAGCCUUUCCUUGCAACACACAGCCUUGCGGAAGUGGUUGCGUGGAUGGUCAGUGGGGAGCCUGGAGCUCUUGGACCUCCUGCUCUGCAACAUGUUCCAGCAGCUAUCAAUCUCGAAGUCGCAAUCUCGAAAUCCAGCCGAGUAGCUGCGGCAAGGCCGCUGCCGGUCCGCGAGACGAGUAUCAGGUGUGCAGCAACUUGCAGCCAUGCAUCCAGGACACAGAUUGCCAGCUGCACGACUGGGGCGAAUGGUCGCAUUGCAGCUGCCAUUGCUUUGGGAUUCGAGAGAGGAAUCGCUUCAUCUCCCACUUUGCCACGGGCAAGGGCAACCCUUGUGCCCGUGCAGCCCUCAAGGUCAUCGAGCCGUGUAAUCCCGGCCCGAUUCGACCCUUCGAUCCCGAUGCAUUGGACAGCCUGCCUUUGCAACUGCAGAUGCCUCCGACUGACUGCCAAGAGAAGCCGCCUGUAGAUUGUGAACUGCACGACUGGACUGAGUGGACACGUUGCUCUCGUACUUGCGGUGGUGGUCAGCGAGAGAGGAGUCGUACUGUCCGCACAGCACCGAAACACGGGGGACAGCCGUGCAAAUCUGAUCUCACCACCGUGGAGCCAUGCAAUUUGGACCCCUGCCAUCAAGUUCACUGUGAAGACUGCAGGUGGGGCCAGUGGAGCGACUGGGGAGGUUGCAGCAAGUGCGGCGGCCAAAAGUACCGCCAUCGCUCCAUAAUCCAGAUGGCGAACCACUGCGGCAAGCCCUGUGACGUCAGAGCUGCGAAGGAGACCACGAACUGCACCAGCGAGUGCAAAACGCCGCUGUAUUGCUCUUGGACGGAGUGGUCCGGAGCGACAGCCUGUGCUCCGUGCGGGCCCGCCACGACCAUGCGGAACCGAGCCUUGGGCUUUUCGGCCAGCGACCCGGGGCCUGGCGAGUGGUUUUUCCGGGUGACUGGUGAGUCUGAGUGUGCGGGGACGCAGCUGAACGUGAGCUUGUGCCCUUCUGCUGGAGCAAGCUGCGAACACUGCGUGCCGCAGCAUUGCCAAUUCAGCGAGUGGGGCGACUGGCGCGAACCGACCUGCGUCGGCCUUUGUGAGCGGGAGCGAACCAUAGCCACCAUCAACAAUGAAUGCGGGAAUCCAUGUGACGGGCCAAUGCUCAUGACUAAGAGCUGCCCAGUGGAGUGCACUCAACCAAAGGACUGCGCAUUCUCCGCAUGGACCGAGUGGAGUCAGUGCCCGGUCUUCGCAUCCCAGUCGCAGCGCACACGCUCGCGAACCAUCGCACAGCAGCCCGAAAACGAAGGAAGACCAUGCGUGGGUCCUUUAGAGGAGACAGUGGCCUGUGAGUACAACCACCUGAAGGUGGACUGUGCUUUCUCGCCGUGGGAUCCGUGGUCCUCCUGCAGUCGCACCUGUGGCAGCGGCGGAUGGAAGGAGCGUACACGAAACAUCGCAGAUGCUGCAGCAGGCGGUGGACUGCAGUGCAAAGGAGGUUUGACCGAGCUGGUGGCAUGUGAUGGCGCAAAGGUUUGCGAUGGUUACGAGAAAGUUGACUGCCAGUUUGCAGCGUGGGGCUCGUGGUCUGCACCGGACACCAGCAAUCAGAGGAAGCGCGAGAGAAAGAUUGUGCAGAUGGCUCUUCAUGGUGGUGAUGCCUGUGAAGGUUCCCUGGAGGAGGUGGAAAGCCUUCCCCCAGUGACCAGCGACUGCCUCGUGUCGGAGUGGAGCGAGUGGGACAACUGCGAUCGAGGCUGCGGUGGAGGGCAGCCGACGAGACAUCGGGAGGUCCGACGCUUCCCUCAAGCUGGGGGUGCCUCUUGUCCUACGGACCUCAAGGUGACACGCAGUUGCAACACCCAGUCUUGUGAUGCUCAAGAUUGCACCGUUUCGCAAUGGGGUGAGUGGGGGCCUUGCUCCUCGAGCUGUGGGGCUGGGCAACAGAGUAGGAGCCGGCACAUCGUGAGCUUGCGAACCUUGGACGGAAUUGGCUGCAACAAAGGCCUCGGCAUGACUCAACAGUGCGAAGGAGAGCACUAUUGUGGCAAACUUGACUGCGAAUGGGGCGAGUGGAGCGACUGGAGUGGGUGCACUUGCAGUUGUGAUGGGGGACAGCAGACGAGAACGCGUCACAUCGCCCGUGCCCCUCGCAAUGGCGGCUUGCCCUGUGAGGAGGGUGACAAAGAGCAGAUCGCGUGCCAUGCAACACGCAGCCCUGUGGCCAGUCAGACUGUCGAGAUGGCCAGUGGGCUGAAUGGACGUCAUGGGCUCCCUGCUCCGUUACGUGUGGUGGUGGAGUCAGAUUCCGAAGACGAAGGAUCGGAAUCAUGGCGAACGACUGUGGCCGCGAGCCUCUGGGAAAGAACCGGGAGAUUGCAUUCUGCGAUGUGGGCGUUCAUUGCUCCAGGCCGGUGGACUGCGAGCUCUCAGAGUGGAGCUCCUGGAGCGCCUGCAGUUCCAGCUGCGAUGGGAUCCGCCAUCGCUCCCGCGUGGUCCGCUGCCCCGCUUGAAGAUCCUUCAAGGCUUCGAGUCCAACCGGGGUGCCAGGUUCGAGUUUAUGGAAGGGCCGAUGGCCGGUGGUGCAAGGGCGUGGCCUGCGAGAAACGGCACCGUGCCAUCCGACCUUCGGCUCCUCGCUGCCGCAGGGCUGUGGUCCGGGCCGCGCGCAAGACUGCUUGUUUGGUCCGUGGGAGGCCUGGAAAGAGUGCAGCGCAACUUGCGACGGCGGUGAGCAUGCGCGAAGCCGAGAAAUUGUUCAACAUGCCAAGAACGGCGGACUACCAUGUGGGCGAGGGCGACCUCAAGCAGAUCUCCGAAUGUGCCAGACAUGAAUGCGGUGGCCCCGCACCCAAAGAUUGCAUUUUUGGUGACUGGGAGGACUGGGGGGCCUGUGGCAAGUGCAGUGGACAGAGAAAGAGGUUUCGCAGCAUCCGGCAAUAUCCGACAGCUGGAGGCAAAGAGUGCGAGCUCACGGACACCGAGGAGGCCGGCAAGUGCCCGCGAAGUUGUCACACACAGCAUUUCUGUGGAUGGGCAACGUGGGGCAUCUGGGGCUCCUGUUCAGCGUCUUGCGGCCAAGGGUACCGACAGCGGCGAAGGCACCUUCAGCUGUCGGACAACCCGGAUGCUCUUCUGAUUGGCCGCGACAUGAUCCAAGAGUACGAUGAUCUCGUGCAGAGAACGGAGGAGCUGGAUGCGCGCCACUUCCGGGAGCUGGCCAUGGCCUUCGCUACUGGCGGUGCCUGCCUGAUGCUUGUCUUCAUGGCGAUGCGGGGCGGGACUUCUUGGGGGCAGGACCACGAUUGCUGGACGUGA